UCAGACCUCGAGGCGUCGUGACGCGUGUGACGCGUGUGUGUGUUUGUCACCUGGGGGAAGAAAAUUGGGACGGCGAGGAUUUGAGACCCGGAAUCGCUAGCUUUUAUCUUCUCGUUUCGUCAAAUCGUCAUCCCACUCUUUACCAAGCUGCAUCCCGCUCGUUUGAUUUCUUUCACCCGUGCGUGCUGCUGCUCGCUGUGGCUUCCAUGCUUCACCGCAUGUCUCCUAACUCAAGCUCCCUCCUCCCUUCCUUAGUCGGUGUUAUCCUCGUCUACGUGUUGUUUCCGUGGUUGGCUCCUCCUUCACAGUGUCACGUUCCGUAAUCACGCUCACCAGUGUCACGUUCGGCAGUGUCACGCUCGACAGUAUCGGUUCGCUAGUAACACUUCGGAGCAAUUCCACUUGGAGUACCCCAAAGAAAUUGGUUUUGCGACAAUGAUGACAGAUUCCGUUUCAUGGCGUCCAAGUCGUUCCGUCACCGUCACCGUUAGUCUCCUCGCCUUAGCCGGCAUCUUUUUCCUUUCAGCCGUCACCUUCUGCUGGUUUCCCUCGCAGCCAUCACGUUCCCCUUCGCCGUCUGUUGAUUCCACUCUAGGCUCACCGAUUCCGGUCAGGCGUAAAAUCAGAACACGGCCAGUUUCGGUCAGCUACACGUAUCUCCGGUCUCUGUUCGCUCAGGCCAAUUAUGACGUCCAUAAUCUCCUGCGUUCUUUCGCAUCAGUUCACUCGUCGCAUGACCCAUCAGUUCGCUCCUCCUCGUCGCAUGACCACUCAGCUCGCUCGUCGCAGGACCCAUCAUUUCGCACAUCGCAUGACCCAUCAGUUCGCUCGUCGCAGGUUCAUCAUUUAGGUCCCGGAGACACUGGAGGCAGGGUGGUCCCGUUUGAGCGACUCUCUUUGUCAGGCGGAGACGGACAGAAGGAGCAUGAUUUUGAGGCUCCUAAAAAAUACGCUGGAGGCGGAGAGGGACAGAAGGAGCAUACUUUUGAGGCGCCUCAAAAAUACACUGGAGGCAGAGUGGAGCCGUAUGAGCGACUCUCUUUGUCAGGCGGAGACGGACAGAAGGAGCAGCUGGUUGUUUCUGACGGAGUGAGACAGGAAGAGCAGCUGGUUGUUUCUGACGGAGACGGACAGAAAGAGCAGCUGAGUGUUUCUGACAGCGUGGGACACAAUCAGCAACCGUCUCCGUCCAAUUUUCCCCACUGGCGGCCGUGGCACUGUGUGAGACACAAGCCCUUCGUUACUGUCACACGCACAAAUUUCUUCAGCACAGGCAGCAGUGACAGCAUCAGCAACAGCAGCAGCAACAGCAGCAGCAACAGUAGCAGCAGCAGCAACAGUAGCAGCAACAGCAGCAGUGACAGCAGCAGCAGCAGCAACAGCAACAGCAGCACUUUCCCCAGCAGCACCAGCACUAGCACCAGCACCAGCACUAGCACCAGCACCAGCACCAGCAGCAACAGUAACGUCUUCGAUAUUGACAUGCCACUGGUUCAGCUGCUUCUGCUGCAUGCUGCUACAGUGUACAACGAAGACAUCGCAUCUUUACACGCGUGGAACUGCUCCCAGUGCGUGCUGCCAGAGAUGAGGAGGUUCCACCUCUUUCAAAUCAUCGUGGAACCCACUGCCCGCCUGCAGGCCUAUGUGGGCUGGGACCCCGCGUCUCACCUCAUCAUCGUCUCCUUCAGAGGCACCUGCACCUCCUCCCUGCGCAACUGGAUCGCAGACCUCGAAGCCGUGCCCCUCUCCCUCAACUACCCCGGUCUGCGCCACGCCCGUGUGCACCGGGGCUUCUACUCCGCCUACCACUUCACGCGCCUGCGCCCCGCUGUCGUGCACGCGGUGCUGUUUCUCCUCACUAUUCUUCCCGGAUCAUAUCGGGUGGCAAUCACAGGGCACUCCCUUGGAGGGGCUCUGGCGACCCUCAGUGCACUGGACUUGCAGGUGUCCUACGACCUCCAGUCAUCCGACAUUCGAGUCGUCACUUUUGGCUCGCCUCGAGUGGGCAACGCUGUUUUCGCUGCCUACUUCAGCCAGAAGGCUCCUAGAAGCAUCCGGGUCACCAACUGGAAGGAUCUCGUGCCGCACUUGCCGCCCGCAACCAUUGGCUACCACCACGUGGCUACAGAGGGUUCAGCGCACUAUGUGCCUCCAAAGCGCGACUACGUGGGUGGUGCCGGCUUGCAGCUAUGCCGCAAGCGGAUUGACGAGGGAUUGACGGGCGUCAUGUCGAGCUGGAAGCGCCACAGCGUGACGAUUGCCAGCGACAUGAUGACCGACAAGUGUGGCAGGCCGCAGGCGAAUGUGAUGCUGGUCAAUGACACCGGCGCAGUGUUCGUCGAGAGUAUUGACUGCAAGAUGGAGAAAAAGACCGGGGGAUACAUCGCCCGGCUCCUCCGGCCCAUCCUGCAAAAAGUUGGGGUCGAGAACAUCGUGGCAUUCUGCACCGAUGGCGGCAGCAACUACCACAGCGCCUGCCGGCUCCUCAUUGCAGAGAAUCCGCGCAUCGAGCAUGUGCCGUGUGCGACGCACGUGCUCGACCUCCUUAUGGAGGAUGUGGGACGGCAGGCUUGGGCCAAGGAGGUAGUGGGACGGGCGAGCGAGCUCAUCAACUACACCCGCAGCCACCAUUGGACCCGACAGUAUCUCAGGGGUGUGGACGGAGGGAAGGGGCUGCAGAUGCUGAGGCCGGCGGGGACCAGGUUUGGGACGCAGCACAUUGCUGUGUCCCGCCUGGUGGAGUUGCGGUCAACGCUGGUGACCAUGGUGCUCUGCGAUGCAUGGAAGGCGGAUGACCGGAAGUUGGUGAAGGAAGGAAGUUAUUCCAUGGAGGCGUGGUGGGAGUGGCACGGCACUGACCACCCCUUGCUCAUGGCCCUUGCUUGCCGAGUGCUAACUCAGCCGGUGUCUGCAUCCAGCUGCGAGCGCAACUGGGCGGUGUGGGAUACUGUCCACACCGCCCGACGCAACCGGCUGGGUUCAGAAAAGUGCAAGGAUCUGGUUUACGUUGCGCACAACUGGAAGGUUGUGCACAACUGGCACAUGGCCGACGAGGGGGCGGGGGUGGUGUCCGGUUUGGAUAGUUCCCGAUUCGGUGCAGAAGCUCUCGUUCAGUCAUGAAACUUUUGAGGCGCCUCAAACCUCGUUCAGUCAUGAAACAUUGCCAAUGAUGGAAUCCGCUGCAGCACAACCCGCUGCAGCACAACCCGCUUCAGCACAACCCGCUGCAGCACAACCCGCUUCAGCACAACCCGCUGCAGCACAACCCGCUUCAGCACAACCCGCUUCAGCACAACCCGCUUCAGCACAACCCGCUUCAGCACAACCCGCUUCAGCACAACCCGCUUCAGCACAACCCGCUUCAGCACAACCCGCUUCAGCACAACCCGCUUCAGCACAACCCGCUUCAGAAGAUUUGGGAGCACCCACUCUGGUCUUGUCAAAUGCAAGGGAGCGUCCUGGCCAUUCUUGGUUACAACGACAAUCGUUACGGCACCAACUGUUACAUCGCCAGUCGGAACAGAGCGAUUUGUUACAACGGCAAUUGUUACAACACCGAGUAUUGCAAGAGCAGCUUAUUCUGCUUGACGAAAGAAACGGCCACGCCGCACAUCAAGGUAAUCUGACGUGGCAUGUACACCAGUGUGACGAGACAGGAGAAGACCCUUGCUGCAGCAGGUCUGUUGUGGGGGACAGCAUUGCCAACCACCUAGAGUAUCUGGGGGUGCCCCUACACUCAGGGCGCAGCUCAGGUGAAUUUACCAGGCUGCAGGAACCGUCAGGUGCUUCCAACAGAGGGCAGAAACAUCGGAGACUUGUGCUGAAGAGCUGAGCUUGUGGCAAGCCCCAAGGUCCAACCAAUCCCAUCACAUCUGAGUGUAUGGGGGUUUCUUCUGAAACCACCUAUUGUGUAUAACUGCUCUCGUGGGUUCCAUAAUCCAUUUUGAGGUGUAUAGUUUCUCGUAUGUGUUUCAUUUCUUAAAUGUUCAGCUGCUUGUAUUGUCAUAACUCAGUCACUAACCACUGAGUUAAAAAGGCUUGUUUAGUAGCGGGUAAGUGCGCCCAUAACCCCCCAGGCUCUGUACCUGUGACCCUUCCCUGAAGAUCUCAAAGGCAACCCCAGCGGGCCUCUCGACACCCCCCCUCGUUAGGAUAGGCGCGGAAGACUUGGGAACUCUUGUCAACUUAUACGUGUGCAUUACAUUUAGAAGUUGUAGGCUAGACAGGGUUGUGUUCUUAGAGGGUACCACACCAACCCAAUAUCACUCCUGUA